UUAAAGAUGGACCGUGGCAGACAUUCCGUAAAUAUGGGUAAUCUCCAACGCAACCGAAGGAAGGAGAUUGCGACAAGUCAUCCUAGUUUACGCGAAGGCAAAGGUAAAGGGCGGGCCGGGUCUUCUUCUCAAAGUCGAGAAGAUUUUGAUGACGGAUACCAAAGGCGAGAUGAGGAUGUGAUGUCCGACGAGCAACUACAACAACUAUUGGCGCAAAAUGAUGGUCGCUUUUUUCAACAACAAAACAUCUCGGAGUCCAUUGAUGAAGUGGAGCUCGAGGAUGACAAUGUGGAGGAGGACGAGGGGGGCGACGGGACUCACGGCACCCCGGAUGAUGAGCAAGAGUUGGAGGACGAGGGCGGUCCAUCCCAAGUUGUUGCGAUCAUUGCAAGGAGUAUAGCUUGGAACUUCCGGCAAAUAUGGGAGCCUCAAAAGGCAUCUUAAGUCCGCGCACUCUGUGGAGUAUGUGAAAAUAGACAAAGGCAAGGGGAAGCAAACUCAAAUAUCGAGGUUUGCAAAUGACCAACCUUUUGGCAAUUUCUCAUACACUGAUGCACAAAAUUUGACUGGUAUGGCUAACUUACUUGUUGAAAAAAAUUUGCCUUAUUUGUUUUCUGAAAGUCUUGCUUUUAAAGAUUAUACACAAACUAGUUUAAAUCCUCAAUUUAGAAGUUAUUGUAGCAAAAC